CCGGCCGGCCCUUUAUAACCUUCUCCUCCUCUCCACCUCCCAAAAUUUCAAACCUUCUCCUCCUCCUCUCCCCAACUACCUUCCAUUCCUCACCUCGAUCUCAAAUCAAUCAAUCAAUCAAAGAUCGAGUUAAUUUAUUUGGGGAUGACAAUCGAGGUGCAGCAGCAGAGGAGGGGAGGCAUGGCGUUGCUGCCGGCGGGGUUCCGGUUCCACCCGACGGACGAGGAGCUGAUCGUGCACUACCUCCGCAAGCGCGCCUCGAAUUCUUCGGCGCCAUGGCCGGGGGUCAUCGCCGAGGUGGACAUCUACAAGCUCGACCCAUGGGACCUCCCGUCCAGUUCCAACGGCGCGGCGGAAUAUCUCAGCAAUAACGAGUGCAUGUACUUCUUCAGCCCGCGCGACCGCAAGUACCCCAACGGCGUGCGCCCCAACCGCGCCGCCGGGUCAGGGUACUGGAAGGCCACCGGCACCGACAAGCCCAUCAUGUCGACGACUCAUAGGGUGGUGGUGGGGGUAAAGAAGGCCCUGGUGUUCUACCAGGGCCGGCCCCCCAAGGGGGUCAAGACCAACUGGAUCAUGCACGAGUACCGCCUCGCCGAUGCACGGCCACACGCCUACCGCCCUCCUCCCAUGCGAUCGUCGGCGUCGUCGGCACCGUCCAUGAGGCUGGACGAUUGGGUGCUGUGCAGGAUCUACAAGAAGCCCAACCCACAGCUGUCGCAGCUGCUGCUGCACCACGAGCACGAGCAGCCCUCCUCCUCAUCCAUGGACAGCCAGCAGCAUACUCAGCACCAACAAGACCAUUACGACUCCUCCUCCUCGACCUCCCGGAUGCGCAUGCCGAUGCCGAUGCCGAUGCAGAUGCCGAUGCCGAGGCCUCCGUCCGUCUCCGACUACCUCGAGGACUACUCCGCCGUCUCCCACCUCUUCGACAACCUUCCGGCACCGGAUACCGGCGCUGGGUUCUUCGAAGACGACGAGGCCAGCACGACAAGGAAGAGGGAUAGCAGUGAAGGAGGUGUUGAUCAUACGUUUCGGAGUGCAUCCAAAAGAAGCAUGUUAAUUGGGCCAGACCAGCUGACGAUGAACAGCGACUUCUCCAUGUUUGGGGCAGACCAGCAGCUGCUGCCUGCUAAUUCUUCCAAGGACAGGAUGUGAUCGAUGCAUGCAGGCUGCCUGCUAAUUAGAAGGAGGAGCCUAGAUAGCUAGGAGAAAGUGAUUUAACAACUCUCUAGAUCUAGACACACAUUCAUUACAGAUUCUUAUUAUUCGGUGCUGCAUUCUGCCGGCCGAUUGAUCUAGAUUAGUUAUGUACUUAUGUAUGGAUGUAUUAAUAUGUAAUAUAGAAGGAGCUAGAGUAAGUGUACUAUAGCUAGAACUACUGAUUAAGUGUAGAUAGAUGUCUAAUUUAAUUUGUGUGUAUGUACGUAUGUUGUUGGUGUAUAUGUAUGAUCAGUUGUUGGAUAAAAUUCUAUGUUAAUUUAACUCUCUUUUGCUCA